AUGUCAGACGUCUACUCUCUCUCCGCCGCCACCGCCAAGGGCCCCAUCCCCUUUGAGCAGUUCAAGGACAAGGCCCUCCUGAUCGUCAACGUCGCGUCCAAGUGUGGCCUUACCCCGCAGUACAAGGACCUCCAGGCUCUUCAGGACAAGAACGAGGGCAAGCUCCAGAUCAUCGGCUUCCCUUGCAACCAGUUCAAGGCCCAGGAGCCCGGUACCGACGAUGAGAUCCUCAGCUUCUGCCAGGUCAACUACGGUGUUACCUUCCCUAUUGCCAAGAAGGGCGACGUGAACGGCGCCGACACCCAGCCCAUCUACCAGUACCUCAAGGCGCACGCCGAGCCCCCCGUGGAGGACAUUGACUGGAACUUCUCCAAGUUCCUCAUCAAGAACGGCAAGGUCCAGUGGUUCCCCGCCCGCUCGACCAAGGUCGCCGACGUCGAGGCUGCGCUCUAG